AUGGUAGCUAAACCACUUAUCACCGAGCUUGUUGCUCUUACAGAGAAGAAGAUGGACAUGACACUAGAUGACAUAAUCAAAAUGUCUAAAAACCCUAAAUUUACAACAAAGCAAACUAGGGUUUCGAACAAGAGCAAAAAAUUUACAAACAGUUUUGCACAAGAUAGAUCUUUUAAGGCGCGCCGGUACAUGGAGUCGAGAUCUUCUCUUAGACAAGGAGUUCUUGCAAAAAGAAGGUCAAAUUUCCAGGGAAACCAAUUUCCCCUUGCAACAGAGGUUGCGCGUAGGGUUGUUGCUGCUCCUCUGCAUUAUGGAGGUGCUAACCGAAAUAAGAUGGCUAACUGGAAUAAACCAAGGUUGGGCAAAUUAGCAAGACAGGCACAACAGUAA